AUGGAAGAUUUAUACUCAUCUGAGUAUCAUUAUGAUUAUGAAGAAGAAUACUUCAGUCCCCUCCACGUCGCUAUAUCCUCAGGUCAAAUCAAUGAGAUCGAGGCAAUCAUUUCCUCCAUCCCAGAAUCCGACCGCAGCGCAGCAAUCAACGCUCGUAACAUUGAGAAUUACACACCUCUCCAAACCGCCAUGCUAUCAGGAGAUCUCGCCGCUGUGCAACUGCUCCUCAGGCACGGCGCCGAUCCUACACUCUUAGCUCCAAACGACUAUGGGGAUCUAGAUGAGAAAUUUGACUCUUCGUGUCUCGCCGCCAUGCUUGGGAACGUCUCAAUUUUGAGACUUGUGCUAGAUACGCAAGAGUCAAUAGGUGCCGAAACAUUAUAUCAAGCUUCUGAAUGUGGACGUUUGGAUUGCGUGGAAGAGAUCCUGCAGCGCGUACCCAAGAAUUGUAAAUUCGCAGAUGGUGUGACAAGAAUGGCGGCAAUUGAAAAGGCUUUGCGACCUGCGGUUGUGGAGUGGAGAGUCGAUAUUCUGAAACAUUUACUGGACGCAUCAGAGUUCAGUGACACCAAAAAGCUCUCUGAAUUACUAUUACUAGUUCCUUACUCCGACAAUAGUGACCAGUAUCACAUCCCCAACCAUCUUGAAAAAUAUACCCCGGAAGCAAAACUCUUACAAAUUCAGAUUUACAAAACUCUGAUCGACGCCGAUGCCAGAGUUGACGGCGUUUAUCAUGAAGAAGACUCCCCAUGGCCCGGAGAAAGGAGCAUACUACAUAUGAUAUUUUCAGAACGGGAUCCCCCUAUGGAAGUCUGGGAAUUAUUACUUGAACACGGAGCAGAUAUCCAUGCGUUGAAUAGCCGUGGUCAAACACCGCUGUUUCCUGCCCUCGACCGUGAUAAUCUAGAGUUUGUAUCCAGACUCGUUACUUUAGGCGCUGCUAUAGACAUUACCGACAACGAAGGAAACACACCAUUACACUACUCGGUACGCAAUCCAACACCAUGUGGCCAGGCUACAACAAUUUUACUAUACUCUCAAGGUGCAAAACUCGAUACUCAAAAUCGGGAUGGGAAUGCGCCAUUACACUUUCUGGCGCGGUACUAUAGUGCUGCUUAUCUACCCUUCUUACAAGAUCUCAUGCCUCGUCCGGAAGUCUUCUCACUCAGAAAUGCAGCGGGAGAAACGCCUUUUCAAAUAGCAGCACAGGCUGGGUAUAAUAUCUACAUCAUGGCCCUUUUAUACUUGUUGACUCGCCCUCAAGAUCGCGAAAAGGAACUCAGCACAGAACAAUUACGUCUAGGCGCGGAGCUUCUGCCGAACACCCUAUGUUCACAAAUUCUUACCAUCCUCCGAUAUCUCACCAAUCAUGGCGCACAUCUCACUAUUCCUAUCACCGAAGAUAUGGUGUUCCAGCAUCGAGUUGUUGAUUGUUACUCGACUUCAACAGCAUUUACAGGGGGCUUGGAACUUGAUAGUUUCACGAUUCGAGGUCGGGACUUCCAUUUGCUCAUUGGUAAAAGCGUUUCGGAGACCAUAGUUGCCCUGCAGAAUUGGAGUCGCGAUGAUAAUCGAAUCUUAAUAUUACGUGCGCCAGCCGGAAAGUACCCGGAUAGUUUCGAUCAUGACAACCUUUUGCUGCUGUUUUACGAAGAUGUUGUGACAACUGGGGUAGGGUUCAUAACGAAGAUGGAAGCGAGUAAGUGGGAGGUGGUGGAGAAUGGACAGAUGUUACUAGAGUUUAGGAAGAAGGUGGAAGAGGAAACGCUGGGGGGCUUGAGCUAUGAAGAAUCUUCUGAGCCUAGAAUUGCUGAUUGGUAG